AUGGCCUUUGCGCUUGCGAAAGGCUUCGUUGAGUCGGGGCGAGUGGCGAAGGCUCAGAUCUCCAUGCUCGUUCGAAACGACACCAAGCGUUCCCUCGUGGAGGAUUUAGGGUACAUCGCUAUCGAAGACCCUGCCAGCCUGGUGGCGGCGGACAUCGUCUUUCUGUCGGUAAAGCCGCAAGACGCCGAGCAAGUGCUUCGCGAUUUGCGGCCUGUUAUCGACAAGGAGCGGCAUUUGCUCGUCUCGAUUUGCGCGGGUCUGAACAUCCAGAUGCUGGCAAGAGCCGUGGAUAAGGAUUCUCUCAACCGCCGCAUCGCGCGCGUUAUGCCCAACACGCCGUCGCAGAUUCGCCGCGGCGUGAGCGUCUUCUGCAUGGGGCCAGAGUGCACAGACUCGGAUCGCCUCACCGUCGAGGCGCUCAUGACGGCCGUCGGCUCCUGCUAUGAAAUCCAGGAAAAGCAGAUGGCUGCCGCCGGCGCGAUCAGCGGCUCAGGGCCUGCGUUCAUUUUCACGCUUUUGGAUGCGCUGUCAGACGCAGGCGUGAAGAACGGACUGCCGCGGAAACUCGCGCAGGAGUUGGCGAUGGAUAUGAUUGAAGGCAGCGCGGCUUUCGCGCGCGUGGAGUUCGGUCGCCGUCACUUUGCCGAGCUGAAAGAUCAGGUCACGUCGCCAGGUGGGACUACCAUCGCUGGCAUCGCCGCGCUCGAACGCUGGGGCUUCCGGAACGCAAUUAUUCAAGCAAUCGAUGCGACGACCGACCGUGCGAAGGACUUGGGCUGCUAA